UCAUGUUUACAAUAAACAAAUUUCAAGAGGCUAUCCAAAAUAACGUCAAUGGUUUUGGUUUAACUCAGCUGUCAACGAGCUGAUAAGGAACUUAUUUGAUAUUGGAAAGGAAUAUUAUAAGGAAAUUCACUUUGCAAAUAACUAAGUGGACAGUCCGUAAAAUAAUGCCUUUGUAACAAAAGAGUUUAACGAUUUACAUUCAGUACGAGCCCGACCCAUUUAGUAUGAGUCCGUUGAGUUGGUCUUUCACUCAACAGGAUAUGAGUCCGACCCAUUCAAUAUGAGUAAUUUGAGUUAGUCUUUCACUCAACCAGAUACGAGUCCGACCCAUUUCAACUGAGUCCUUUGAGUUAGUCUUUCACCCAGCGGGAUACGAGUCAGACCCAUUUCAUCUGAAUCCUUUGAGUUAGUCUUUCACUCAACCGGAUACGAAUCCGACCCAUGAAUUCGCUCAGUCUAUGGAUCUGGAUCUGUGUACAGCUCUGUCUACAGGAAGUUCUUAUUCAACCACGCAGCUGGCAGCUCCGGGUCCGUAUGCUUAAUCUAAGUUACUAUGCAGAUGAAAAACGGAUGUGUUAAUGUUGUUAUAGACCUACAGUUUGAUGACAUUCGUGCAUUGUUUUAAUAAUGUCGUCUGUAGCAGCCAGAACCGAAAGAUUCGGGUUAAUUUAGACCACGGACUCGUGACUCAUGGGUGAAUGUAAGGAUUCGGUUCUUUGAAGCCGAUUGACUCAGAUUCAACCACCACUACUUUGAACCGAAAUAUUAAACAGUUAACUCUUCAGCAUGAGUUCCUGAGUUAAUCAUAACCACGGAGUUAGGACUCAUGACACAACGCAUCGCAAGCACAUUUCCAACGGACAUAUAACGGCAAAGGCAGAUGCUCAUGUUCCCCUAAUUAAGUCAGAUGAACCUCUUCAGGCCUCUCAUGGAAGUCCUCUUUCUGCUGUUGAUCAGCUUUUCUGCAGGUGAAGCUCACAGGGCACUGGUCGGUGACGACGUCACUCUGUCGGUCGAUACAAAGACGUCGUCAGACAUCAGCAAGGCUGUAAUGGAGUGGUCCAGGUCAGACCUGACUCCUGAUAUUGUCCAUCGGGGUGAAAACGGUCUGACCAUUUAUGAAGACCAGAAUCCGGCAUACAGAGGCAGGACGAUGCUGUCAGCAGAAGAUCUGGAUAGAGGAAUCAUCUCCCUCAAACUGUUCCACGUCCGACUGGCCGAUGAGGGGAGCUACACCUGCCUGUUCGAGUCCAAAGACAACAAGUACUCCGUCCAUCUCCUUGUAGGUGCAGCCUCCUCCCCAGUCAUAACCCUGGAGGAUUACAGCAGCAGCGGCCUGGUUCUGGGCUGCCGGGCUAAAGGCUGGUACCCACAACCAAAGCUCUCCUGGUGGAACGCUGAUGGACACCUCUUGCCCGCCGUAACCAUGACUACCACCCAGGACCCCGACCGACUCUACAACAUUUCCAGCACCCUGGUGGUGGAGAGGAAGAGUCCAAACAGACCCCUCACCUGUAGAGUUCACCAGGAGCUCUUCAACCAGACCAGGGAGACGGAGUGGCACCUUCCUGAAAACCUCUUUGAAAAUGUGGACAUGACCUAUCGAAUUGCUUAUGCAUUGAUGACUGCUGCGGGGGUGCUUCUUGUGGUGGCUUUGGUGAUUUUGGCGAUUGCCUGCAGAAUCGUUCGUGGAAACUCCCAGAAACAGAAGGACAUCAUGGUUAUGUCGUGCCAAAAUGAAGAUUUGAGAUCCUAAGACACACCCACACAAGCAACCACUGUCUGCCCACAAUGUGCCUCUAGCUAGCUGCUACUGCUCGCUAUGUGUGUCUUGCCAGCUGCCACUGCCCAUUUUGUGCCUCUAACUAGCUGCUACUGCCAUCUAUGUGUCUCUAACUAGCUGCUACUUCCAGUUAUGUGCCUCUAAUUAGCUGUCACUGCAACAGAUUGUCAUCAGGGUGGAAAAUAACAUUCGGAGGGACUAUAAGUUCACUUGAGAUGCAUAUUAUAUUAUAAAUGAAUGGGAAUCUAGUUAUACAUCAGGUAUCUAAUAUGAAUUACAAAACAGGUCGAUCCAACUGCGCAUUGCUAUUGGUUGAGCACCUUACUAGCCACGCUAGUAUAAUUUUACAGGUCUGUGGAAGUCUUCAGGACACUACCAUUAUGGCCUUCUCUUAAGAUAACGUUGAAGCAAAGAAUUACAAGACUCUUCGAUGAGCCUGUGUGUUCGUCAUCCAAUAUGUUUGAGCUAUUUAUUGAUGCAUGGCUUUAUUAGAUGUGAUUGUUCUCACGCAUAUUGGGGUUUUAGUUACAUUUUUGCUAGAUGUGUAUUUUUGUAUUUGUAAUUGAGUAUGACACCAGGCUGCUUGAGUGUUAUCUCCCUUUUGGGGAUGAGGUUGCUUGUAUCAGGUUAGUGAUGUGAUGUUCUGUGCUUUACUAUUUUUUUUACACAAUACUAUGUAUAUACAUCAACUGUUAUUCUGCAUGCUAGAUGCCCGUCACCCUGGAGAUUCGUUUUCAUUACCGGUACUUAAAUCACAAGAAUAGCGUUUCCAUUUUGAUUCUAUUACACCAGGGGUCGUCUACCCUAGGCACGUGUGCCACCACUGGCACGUGGCAGCAUAAUCAUUGGCACACUUCAGAGAAAAAAAACCGUACAAUGCGGCAGCAUAUCAUUGCUACCGAUUUUUUUGCACUUUAUUCUGUUUUGGGCAUUUCCGCCCUUGCAGCGCACAUGUUUAAAUGAGUUACUGAAAGCAGUGUUCUGAAAUCGGAUAAAUUGAUAGUUUUUAAACCUAUGUUGUGUGUAAUAGAGAAGAAAAUAUUUAAAAUACUGUUGCAAGUGGCCUGUAUGCAUCGCCUUCACAUGGUUUUGCAAAGCUGUACAUGUCUUGAAGAUAUUGAUGUGGAUGGUUCCAACAUUCUCAUAUAUUCUCGUUUUUUACAUUUCUCACAGUGCAAAUAUGUUUUUGAAUGAGUUUCUGAAAGUGGUGUUUAAAGAUGGGACAUAUGUAAUUAUAAUUUGUAAGCCCAUGUUGCAAAUAUAACAAAAAAAAAACAUUUAAAAUGUUGACGCAUGAUUGUGGACUAUAUGGAAUUAAUACAAUUCAAGGUCUUCUGGAAAUGUUUUUGGUCGCUGCGUCAUAAUUCAGCUUAAUAUUUUUAUAUAUUGUUGCUCAUUAACGAGAAAAUGUCAAACUGGCACUGCAUGUUGAAAAGGUUGCUGACCCCUGUAUUACACAAAAAGGAGCAGUAGGCAAGAUUAAGAGGAGAUUCCCCCUGCCCUGAACCCCUCCCAAACAAGGGCAAAUAUUGGGAUAUUCCUGGUUGGUAGCUACAAAAUCCAGUAUUGGUGUUUUUUUAUGAUUUUCAAGCCUGAUGUAAGUCACUUCGGGUUAAUGUUCAUCUUUGCAUGGCCCCGCAGUGUGUUCGGUAGAAGGUUUCCUUGGUGGCGGUGGCAUAUUCCUUAGCAGCUAUAAAUUGCUAGUUUCACCCCAUUUACCUUUACUCUCACCAUGGUUAGUCUGACCUGAAUAAUGUACUCAACCAUUAAUAGUACGUACGACAUGUGGGCCCUUAGCGACAGCAACUCCUGCUUGUGCAACCUUCAUACCAUUGGACACCAAGUGCCCUCCUCUCAGGAUAUCGUCCUUAAAGCAGGUCGGACUUUUAUCGUGUGCCAAUGUCUCGCAGUGUGCUACAUAGUCCACCAGUGUACUUUCACACUUGCAUGUCCUUACAUUAAUGGUCCCGAGACGUAUGACUCUGAUUUUGCUCCAUUGGUAUUAUAUUGGAAUAAAUCACUAUAUCCUACUUGACUAUGAACCCUAUAGUAAACGUGAAUUAUCCUACAAUAUAUAUUUGUAUUAUACUUUUCUUAAUGUUAAAUUAAUAACAAAAGCCUUUCUGUCGCAAAAAGUGGAUAGUUUUAAGAAGCAGUAAUGAACCGGUAGAUUGAAAAUUGAAAAUUUAAAAAAUCAAUGUAAACAUAUAGAGAAAUGAUUCUGUGUAAUACAAUCACUUUUUAUGUGUCAAGGACCAUGAGCAUUCGCAGACAUUCUGCUCCAAGAACUCAACAUAACAGUUCGAUAUACGGAUACUUACAUAACAGUUUAACAUAAAAGGUUAUUUUAAACCGAUAUUAACACAUGUUAACCAUGCAUGGUUAUGUUUAACCGAAGAAAUCUUUUGUUUUGUAAGCACGUGUGUGUGUGUGUGUGUGUGUGUGUGUGUGUGUGUGUGUGUGUGUGUGUGUGUGUGUGUGUGUGUGUGUGUGUGUGUGUGUGUGUGUGUGU